UUCAGGCUCUGAUAUGUGUCCAUUGGGUCAGUUUCCAUGUGGGAAUCUGUCAGUGUGUUUGCCUCAACCACAGCACUGCAACGGGCAGCAGGACUGUCCCAAUGGAGCAGACGAAGAGAACUGCGUGGAUAACAGUGGUUGGCCCCAUCUGUUUGAUGCCUUCAUGAAAACAAGGGUCCAGGAGUCGAAAGAGUGCAUGUUAGAUGUCUAUCCAGAAGUGUGUCAUUGUGAGGGUCGGAAGGUGAACUGUAAUGGCAAAAACCUCCUCCAUGUACCUGUUGUGUCCUCUAAUGUAACUGCACUAGAACUGAACAGUAACAGGAUCGAGUCUCUCUCUCGUGAUCUGUUCAUCCGCUACAAACACCUGGAGAGACUACAUUUGGAAACUAACAGUAUAGAAAUGAUCUCCAAGAGGGCAUUUUCAGGUCUAAUCUCUUUGCGUAAACUUUUCUUGAGUCAGAACAGAAUUGCAUCUCUGAAAGCGGGAAUCUUUAGUGACCUCAGAAGUCUGGAGUGGCUGAUUCUGGAUGAAAACAGACUAUCAUCCAUGCGUCAGAAGUCUUUUGAAGGCCUGAAAUCAUUAUUUUUCCUGUCUUUAUUAAAUAACUCUGUCGAACAAUUUCCUAAAACUUCGAUUUGCCUUGAGAUGCCCCAUCUCAACUGGCUGGAAAUGGAGGGGAAUAGAAUUUCAUCUCUCUGGGCGUCUAGUUUUAAGAACUGCUCCUCUCUUACUGUCUUAGCAUUGAGGAGAAAUCGCAUCGGCACAAUAGAGGAGGGAACAUUCACAGACAUGCAAAGAUUGAUAGACCUAGACGUGUCUAUGAACAAGAUCAAAGACCUACCUCCAUCUCUGUUCCAGAACCUCCAGAACCUGAAACAGCUAAAUAUUUCCAACAAUCCCUUGUCACACAUAUAUGACAAUCAGUUUGACAGUCUGGUGAAUCUGCAGUCACUGAGUAUGGAAGAGGUAGAUAUUCCCAACAUCAACAUCAGGAUGUUCCGACCCCUAACUAACCUCACUCACAUUUAUUUUAAGCGUUUUGAAUUCUGUGGAUAUUCUCCCAAUGUGCGGAGCUGCAAACCAAACACAGACGGAAUCUCAUCCUUCGAGAAUCUGCUGGCAAACAUCAUUCUGCGCGUGUUUGUCUGGGUCGUCGCCUUCAUCAUUUGCUUUGGAAACAUCUUCGUCAUCUGUCUACGUUCCUGUUUUGCCUCAGAGAAUCAACAUCACACAAUGGCCAUCAAAUCCCUUUGCUGUGCAGACUGUCUCAUGGGUGUGUAUCUGCUUUUCAUUGGUGCCUUUGACAUCAAGUAUUGUGGCGAGUACAACCGUCAUGCUCAGAUAUGGAUGGAGAGUCUGUCCUGCCAGUUGAUUGGCUCUCUGGCCAUGUUGUCCACAGAGGUAUCCGUCAUGAUGUUGACCUACAUGACACUAGAGAAGUACCUGUGCAUCGUCUUCCCAUUCCAGCAUUACCGUGCCGGACGAAAACAGACCCUGUGCUCACUGACCUUCAUCUGGUUGCUAGGAUUUAUCAUUGCCGUUAUUCCCUUCUGGGAUAAACAGACAUUUGGGAAUUUUUAUGGGCGGAACGGAGUAUGCUUCCCUCUUCACUCAGACCAGACGGAGAAACCUGGAGCCAGAUGCUAUUCUACAGCUAUUUUUCUCGGUGAGGGCAGAGGGCAUCGAAGUGUGUAA